AUGAGGAGAAUCCGCCUGGUGCGACGAGCGCUCGUCCGAGGGCGAUGGCUUGUCCUUUCGCUGCAGGUGGUGGCGGUGGGCUGCUGCUCGCUGUACGAGUGCACGUCGGAUGUACGCUUUCAAUCCCGCCCCCGCCCUCCAUCCACCUCGCCCCCGCCCUCGCAGAACCGCCUCGACGCCCUCCAUCCACCUCGCCCCCGCCCUCGCAGAAACGCCGCCGCAGCGGUUCCUCCGCCCCUCAUCGACGCCACCCCCGCCCGCCGUCUGCGCCGAUCCCAGCCUCACGCCGCCGCCGCCGCCGCCGCCGCCGCCGCCGCAUUGCGGCGCGCCGGUUGUGGCCUCCGGCGGCCACCGUCCUCACAAGAAGCGGCCCCGCGGCCGCUGCCUCAGAAGAGCCAACGCCGGGCCCCGCCUCCACGCGCAGCGAACGACGGCGGCGGACACGGUGGGCUGGGAUCGACGACGCAAUCCCCUCUCCUCACGCUCGCUCCUCUCUCCCCCAACCCUCGAGCACAAGCGCCUCCGGGCUCGCCGGCCCCUCACGCCCCACCCGUGAGCGUGGGCGCCUCCAAGGUCGACGGAGCGGGCAACUGCCGUGUUCCAUCCUCCCCUCACUCUGCGGCCUCCGCGCACCAGGCCAGCGGGCCCCUCCGGCCUCCCCAGCGUUCCGCGGCUCGCCCAUGCCUGGCCUCGUGCUGCUGCGCACAGGGUUCUCUCCUGCCCACGCUACCAAAUUUGGUGACGAAUAUGUCUGGUUCUUGAAAGCCAAGAAGUUCGACGAGGAGAAGGCUAUGCAGAUGUGGGCGGAGAUGCUGAAAUGGUCAUAGCAUUGUCUUGCCAUGCCAUUGUUUUGUGUUUUCACUCGAUCAGCUUUUGUGCCAAGCUAUGGGGAUGCUUAUGCGGUGAAGUGAUGGUGUUUGUAUUGUCUUUGUGCCAGGAGCACGCGAGCCAUUAGCAUCA